UAUAUAUAUCAGUGUGAAAAGAAGGCCAGCAAAAUGCAUAUAUCGAAAUGAGAGACAGUAUGCAUGGACGGAGAGCGCAGGAGCAGCGGCAAUAGCCACAAAAACAACAAAAAUCUAAAAUUGACAAGUGAUAAAUUAUAGAUUGGUAGUGAUUAAACAGCAACAACAACAUUUCGUGAAACCAUGAUUUCUACUAACAACAACAAUUACUACUACACAUAAUGAGAGCUGUUAUAUAUUGAAAAAAUAUUUUAUUACAAAAUCAUAAGAAAGUAUUUCGAGAGAUUUAAUAGAUGUGAAAGCAUCAAACAUACGAACAAAAUCCAAAACCACCACUGCUGCUACUGCUGCUGCUACUACUACUACUACUACUACUAAGCAGGUUCCUGCAGCAGCAAUAACAACAACAAUAGCUAUAACAAUAUAUGAAUAAGCACAACAUGAAAAGUAGCAACACCAGCAACAUCAACAAGAACAAAAACGGCUAGAUGAGCAAUAACAACAAGAGUACAGCAGUAAUAGCACCGAUCGUGGUAAUUGAAUUGAAUAUUAUCAGCUAUCAAGGCAAUAAAUACAAACCUAAUAAUAAUAAUAACAACUAACAACAAAAGUACGCCAAAACAUUCAAAGGCAUUCGCGCCGACUCGACGAUAACAACAAUAAAGCAACAACAACAACAACAACAACAACGAUUAAGUAAAAGAACGAAGGAGUAAAUCGGGCACACUGACUUUUAGGAUGAGGCCGUGGCGCUAUCUCUGGAAUGGAAUCACACGAUCGAAAACUGUGGACACUUCUACGAUUUACGAAACACACCUUAAACGGUCACUUAACGUUGUUGACCUUUUAGGUUUAGGUGUUGGCAGCACUCUUGGAAUUGGUGUUUACGUUAUUAUUUGUCACGUGGCACAUCAUCAAGCUGGACCUUCCGUGGUGAUAUCUGUACUUAUAGCUGGUGUUGCAGCUCUUUUAUCCGGUUUGUGCUACAGUGAGUUUUCGGCACGGCUGCCACGGGCUGGAGCAGCAUAUUUCUAUAGUUAUGUAACAGUUGGUGAACUUUGUGGCUUUGUUGUAGGAUGGAACAUUUUGUUGGAUUACAUGAUUGCUGCCGCUGCCGGAGGAAAGGUAUGGGGACAAUACCUGGAUAAUAUACUUAACAACACAAUUCAAAGAUAUCUUGACCAGAGACUAGGAUGGUCCCCUGGACCUGGGAUGGACACACAUCCGGAUGUCAUGGCAUUGUCUAUAGUGCUGAUAGCAACAUUUGUAACAAUGAUCGGAGCAAAGGUUACAUCUGUUGUCAGCUGUGUCUGUAGUCUUCUCAACGUUGUUGUGGUAGCCUGCAUUAUUUGUGUUGGAUUUUUUCACGUUAAUAGUCAGAAUUGGACUGCACAUCCUGGAUUCUUCCCUGAAGGAAUAACUGGGAUUCUAGCUGGUGCAGCGACUUUGUUCGUCGCAUUUCUUGGAUUUGAUGCUGUAGCAACUUCCAGUGAGGAAUGCAAAGAUCCCAGCAGAGUAGUGCCAGUCAGUAUUGUGACAACACUCAUCAUUUGCUUCGUAUUAUAUUUCGGUGUAGCCAUGGCUAUCACUCUUGCCUACCCUUGGUAUCAGCUACAAGAUCGCGCUGCUUUACCAAAAGCUUACGAAGCCCGUCAGAUAUUUGGUUCCAACUACGUUAUAGGAAUCGGUGGUAUGUUAGGCCUGUCUGCUGCUUUAUUCGGAUGCCUUUAUUCAAUAUCACGGAUAAUAUAUUCUAUGGCAGAUGAUCAUAUAUUAUUCAAAUGUUUAUCAUUUAUAACUAAACUAACUAGAUCACCAGCCAUUGCAGUUUUCAUGGGGGGUCUAACCUCAGGAACAAUAGCAAUGGUUUUUAAACUUGAAACUUUAAUCGACACGAUGGCAAUUGGAACACUAGCUGCCUAUACCGUGGUUAGUAUCUCUGUCCUUUGCCUUCGGUACGAUUCUGAAAUUGUUGGACUAUAUAAAGAAUAUGAAGAUAUAAGUGACAUCAGAACAUUGCGCAUGGCAUCUACAGAUUUUAUUAAUAACACUGGAUAUAGAACUUACAAAAACUAUCGUCUAAAUAGACAUGAUCCUCAUUUUUAUUCAAGCAUUGAUUCAUUUACAAAACAAGGGGAUUCUAAUUCAUAUAUUAACAAUGUUCAUCAACAAAACGUAGAAGCAAAAGAGACAUUUGCUACGCAAAAAUCAAAAUCGGUUAUCUGUACUGAAUUACAAGACACAUCUCCCAUGAUAUCCGUCAGUGGAAGUAACCACAGCACGUACCAACGGAUAUCGAGUAUUGUAAGCGGAAGCAGCUUCGGAAGCUUAUUUCAAUUUUCCAACGACUACUGUGAACCUACCGAAAGAUCUUGGCGUAAAUUCAGUAUUUCAUUGAUUGUCUACAUAAUAUCAUCUGUAGUUCUAUGCGUGUUGACAAUUCAUGGACGUCAAUACGUCUACGCUCAAAGUUGGUGGGCAAUUAUCAUAUUGGCUGCAUCUCUCUUCACCAUGAUAACGUGCCUUGUGGUAAUCGCACGGCAACCAAAGAAUAAAAUCAAUCUGCUUGCAACAACUCCCUAUGUUCCUGUAGUUCCUCUCGCAUCUUUCACACUCAAUGCUUAUCUAAUAACGUCCUUACCACAAUCUGCUUGGUUACGGUUUGCUGUUUGGCUGGCCAUAGGUCUUUUAGUAUAUUUUGGCUAUGGCAUUCAUAAAAGCAAAGAAAGAGACCUGGAAGAUCAAGAAGUUAUUCUAUACGAAAUACCUGCCUCAGAUAGCGUCACAGAAAAUCUAACAACGUCAUAUUGAUUCCUGUAUAUUAAUUAUAUUAAAAAAGACGUUUGUAUAACCAACUUGUCAACUAAAAAUUCUUUUAUUAAAUAAAAAAAAAUAGAAAGAAAUGUAUAAAGAAGUACAUGCAAACUUACAUACAUAGAAGCAUAUAAUCGCAGGCACUCACAUACACACAACUAUAUUCAAUUUGUAUAUACGGGUGUAUAUAACUGGAUAGGCGGAAAGCUAUUUCGUUUAUUGCGCUAAAACGAAAUGACACUGAGAAAUCUAUACAUAUAAAAAAAUUGAUACACACAUUCAUAUAUAUAUAUAUUUAUAUAUAUGUGUAUAUACACACACACACACACACACACACACACACACACACACAAAGAUACAUGUAAAUAUGCAUAUGCAGGUUUGUGUAUAUAAACACUCUUCUAUACUUAUACAUUUCCAAAUGCCAGUCUUUCUGUGUAUUUAUAUUUUCUCGCUGCUCACUCACGUGGUAUCUCUCUCGUACACACUCAAGCGCGCACAUGCAUGUUCAUAUACAUACAUACGUACAUAUUGUUUAUUUCCAUUAAAAAAAAAUGCAAGAAGCAAUCCAAUAGAAAUUAUUAAUAAACUAUUGCAGGUGUGUGUUAAAAUGUUGGCUCUUACAAGUCUCGCGAUUCUUCUGUAAAAUUUUUAUAACGUAAAAAUUGACUUUUAUAUGUAUGUACGAGUGCGGGCUAGUGCCUGUGUGUGUGUGUGUCAGCGUGUGAUACGUUAAGAUUUAGGAUAAAGGGUAAUGGUUAAUUUUAAGACAUUUAUUAACUAAGAGUUAGUAACAUGGGAGAAGAGAGCUUUAUAUUAUCUAGGAGUAAUCACGGUGUUUUUGGCAUCUCACAUGGUACAAGAAAGCAGAAUAUUAUUUGAAAUAAUAAAAAAAUUACGAAAACGUUUGUCAAUGUCAAUGAACUGGAAUAGUUAUUAGAAAACGUAAAAGAAAAAAGAAAAUGAAAUGAUGUACGGGAGCCUAUAAAUAUGAAAGUAUAUAAUUUCAAGUGAUAAAAUAUGAUUCGUAUUAAUAAAAUCACAUAGAUGUAUUAAUGGUAAUGGUCAUAAAGUUGAUAGAAUUUUUAGUUUCAUCAAUAUAUAUCGAGCCAUUACACUGAAAAUAUAAAUAUACAAAAGAAUUACGUAACCAAUCAGAAUUACAUUAAUAAAUAAACGAAUUCUAAAACAUAAAUGGAUAUUUUAAAUCACGUGUAUCAAUUGGUAGUAUAUCGUUUAUUUACAGUUUUUGUUGUUUUACUACUCUCACCAAGAGAUAAUACCUUAUUAUAUAUAGCUAUCUUUACGUUAUUUGUAAUACUAAACAUCCAUUGACAAUUUUUUAAAAAUUCAAAACCAUUUUAUAUGAACAUCAUUCCCUUAAAUCAAACUACAUUGAAUCUAACAGUCCAGUUCAAACACAUCAUCGAAGACGACGAAGGCAAACAUGGUGGGCACAGUUCAUCGUAUAACUUCAAAAUUUCCAUGCAUAAAUGUAGUUGCUUAAUUACCAUUGCUUCUUGAUUUUGUGCUUUUGUAUGCGCGUGUAUGAAUGUGUGCGUGUAUGUAUGUGUUUGUUUCUACGUAUGGAUAGGUGUACACGUGUACGGAAUUUGUGUAGUGUAUCACAUUUCAGAAAUAUUAGGCGGAGACGAGGUAUUUAAAAACAAACCUGAAGUGGUAUCAAAUGCAAAACAAGAAGAGUUGUGUGCGGGAAAAUGAGUUUGUAUACAUUUGUAUAUUUUGUGGAGGACCGAAUAGCGAUUUGUAUUGGACAAAACUUUCUGAGACGAACGCAUAAUUAUUGCUCAGCAUUGCAAACAUAGGCAUUAAUUUUUCUCCUUCGAACAGACAUUCCUGAAAACCAGUAGCAUCUAUUGUACCACUGAAUAUGUGACAGAGGUCAAAGCAAGAAAGUGUGAUUAUAACAGGAACAUAAACUUUUCCAGUGUCGUAUUAUACACCUGUAUAAUUUUCUAUCAGUAGAGUAAGAUAUUUAUCAAUAAGCAAUUGAAAAAACCCCACCAAAAGCAAAAACAGCAGAAAUCCAUUCUUUAGCAACGCGCAACCUGCACGUGAAUGAAGCUGAAGUAGUUUGAAGUCGAAAGUAAAACAAAGCUGGAAGCAGAAGCAGGAACCCGCUUCGCUCCCCCCCCCCCAAGCAGAGAGAGGGGAUGCAAUAUCGUUUGGAAUGAAAAAACUGGUUCAUGACUUCUCGACGUCAUUUUAAGGGUAAUCAUUAAAAAGCUGAGACGCAAAAAUAAAUAAAUGUAAGUAAUAAACUCGAUAAGUCAAAUACUAUGAGUUGAGACGCAUAAGUCAUACUCUGUGUGAUCCAAGAAAAAUAAACUGGUUACGUUUUCUAUACACACAUACGUUCCUACAAUGAAAUUUGAUAGCUUAGAGAGAUUUAGCAUUAAAAAACUACAGUUUGGUGCUAGGAAGAUGAAUAGUUCUUGUGUAUAAUAGAUUAAAGGGUAGAAUGAAUAAUAUAAAUGUGAUUAUGGCAAAAGAAAUAAGAACAAUUCAGAAGUUGAGAGUGGAAGAGAAAUUUAUGGGUGUGAUUAUUCCACUUAAAAAAGAAAAUAUAUUUAUGUGUUGAAGUGGAUGCUGGGAAAAGUAAAUGCCUGUCUUAACCCUCUCCUGGUUUUUGCCAUGUAAAAUUUCUCCAACAACACAUUUGUGUUUAUAAGUUUACACUGCUUGCACUUGAAGCUUCUACUAUAUAUAUUUCUGUUACACAAAAGAUUUAUCUCAAGAAUCACUUCCGCAUCGUGCAGUAAAUUACACACUAACAGAUACAGAAUCACGAAAGGACUUCAUAAUUAGAAGUUACUAUUGUGAAAAUUCAUUAUGUGAAUUCUAUAUAAUUCCAUAUAAAUUACAAUACAGUAUGCUGUAUGAUAUUGUAUUAUAAAAUGAGGUGAAUUGGUUAUGGAAUGCACACGAAACCUUCAAGCAAAUAGCUUCAAACAUUUAAAUUUCUACUUCAUAUUUAACCGGUGUCAGCAUUGCCUUUCAGUGUCACAGGUCAACAAAAUAAGCAUCACUCAAUGACUUGAUCACCAAAUUUGAACGUGUUUCAAUUAGGAAGUCAAUCUGUGUGAGUGUGUGUGUACGCAAUUAUACCUGUAUGUCUAAGUACAUUAUGUAAAAUCUUAAAUUAUUUGUGUACAUAAACCUAAUGUUUUUGCCUGUGUAUAUACAAACAGAAUAUGUACUUAGAUAUGUGUGCAUGUAUGUGUCAUUUCAUAACUACAUAAAUAUUUCAGUAUAUAUGUAACCAUGUAUAAAUACAUAUAUAAAUAUGCAUAAAUAAACAGUACACACGCACACAUAUGUACAUAUAAAUAUACACACAUUUGUAUACACAUAUAUAGGCAUAUACACACAAUUAUGUAAAUUAUUUACACAGAAUUAUGUAAUUACAAAUGCAUAAUUUUCAAUGUAUGUAUGAAUACAAUUAGAUCUUAACAUUAUUCAUAAUGUGUGCGCUUGUACGCGAAUGUAUUUUAUCUGAUUCUACAACCCAACAGUGUUACUUAGGUGCAGGUUGUUCUGCAUACGCUACUAUCGAUCCAGUAUUCAUGAAGUGUGUAUUAUAUUACACAACGGCAACGCUAAUAUGUUAUAUUAGGACGAUUGAAGAGCAUAUUAUCUAGGAUAUUUGACAAAAAAGUUUUGAAUUAAAUGAUUAUAUUUCUAUUUAGUUUUUCAAAUGCCCAACAUUUAAGCUUCGAAUACACGACUGCAAUUAUAGAUCAAUCAAUAAGGGACCACCAAUAAACCGAGAGAAAAAUUUACUUGUGUUGAUAAAGUCAAUUACGAGAGUCAAAAACUAAUUCCCAUUAAAUAUAUAUAGUUUACGUUACUGAAAUGCCCCGUUUUACUUUUCGCAAGUUGUUUUAGAUGUCUGAAGGAGACGGGCAACUUCCACAGUCUUACAUUUAACCCAGUGGAGGAUUUGUACGGUGACUGCUCGAGACAGAGAUUUGCACAAGCAGUCAGUUGGUACGCAUAUUCAUCAGGGUAGGUGGGAGCAUUACAAAAUGAAAUACCCUGAUUAAGGACUCAACGCGAGCCCCGUUUUAUGGAAACGACGCCGCGGUUAGUCUUUAAUCCUAACAAUCAAAAACCUCAUACGAUAGCCACUAAGCAAUCUGCUUUCAAGAAAAAUCACACACGCGCAAAUGUGGUGUAUGUUAUAACAGGAAAACCAAAUUCGACCGGUUAUUAUACCUAAUGGAUAGAUUUCAUUUAAUUACAUUUACGAAAACGAUGCUUUAUAAAAAAAGUAUGCACGUAAAAACUUCCCUAUUAUGUAUUGUGCCAUUUUAUCAAUGUGUUGGAACGCGCCCGCUAUAUAUAUAUAUAUAUACAUACAUACAUACACACACACACACACAUAUAUAUAUAUAUAUAUAUAUAUAUAUACGCGUUAUACUUAUAUACAUACACACAAUAUAUAUCAAAAUAUAUAUUUUAUAAUUUGUAUUAAAGUUGCAUGUAUAUAAAAUUCUUAUUAAAUUUGUAAAAUUGUUUGUAUAUAUCGUGGACCUUUAUAUGUAGUGUGCCUGUAUAUAUUAUACAUGCACACACACACAUGUAUCUAUACCUCUUGACAUAAUAUUUGUAAAUGGUUUAUAAAUAUAUGUAUACAUUUAGCAUAUAUAUGUAUAUAUGUUUAUGUAUAAUUAUAUAUAUAUAUAUAUUGCAUACAUCUGUAUAUGCAUACACGUAUAUAGAUAUAUACAUACGCUGCAUACACAUCUUAAAUACAUUUAUAUAUGUUUACAUAUUAUACAUGUUAUUUAUAUGCGCGCACAGAAAGUGUUUAUAAACAUGUGUUCUAUUUUAUUUUGCGUUAUAAAUAUAACUGUAUACAUUAAAACUUAAGUGCAAAAUGUUUAACAUCCUUGUAAUUUAUAUUUGGUACUAUAGAGCUAGGGUGUAUAAAAUGUGAUUAUGAAAUAAAAAUUAUUUUGAAAAAUAA